CACAAGAGAAACAACCACAAGGACAGAGACGGCAAGAGAUACAGACACAGACAGACAGACAGAAGGGGGAGUGAGCAGUUAUUUCAACGAGUAGAAAAUAAUGAGAUUGGAGCAAAGGAAGAGCAAAGAGAAAACACAACUCCUCACUCUGCAACACUUUGGCUGCAUGUCACCUCUUUUCCUAUCAUGGACCCGUCAUCCUUGAAGUUACUCUGAGGGCCAAACAAGGACAUAAGGCUGAGACAGAGAGACAGGCAGAGGAGGGAGAAAAGCAGUAAACCUUAGCUGAGGUGAAGAAAAAGCAGUUGUGUGGGAGAGCAGAGGCGAAGAGAGAGCGACGAAAGGCGGGGGAGUGGAGGAGUGAGGAGCCCCGUUUCUUCCAGCAGAGUGAGAGGGGAAACGGGAAAAUAAGAAGAAGAAGGAGAGAGAGGAGUGAUAAAGAGUCGGGGAAGGAGGGAGAAGAGUCGGCUGGACAUGGGGCUUUGUGCUGUUCUCCUCAUCUGUCUCUCCCAGGCUGAGCUGGGGAGAGUCUGGGCUCAGGAGCAUGAAGAUGCACUGAGUCGGACUCCUCUGCGGGCAGAUGGGGAUCCGUCUGGUUUUCACAGAACCAGGAGGGACCAGCAGACCCCACACAAACACAGAGAAGCCCGUAACACACCGGAUGAAGGUGGAGUUCUUGGAGGAGGAGUUGACAUCAGCGCCCUCCCUGACAACAUGACACGAAUAUUGGAGGACUCCCAGAAGUACUACAAAUGGCAGAGUUUUGGUCCAAGAGACAGACGGACUGAAGACUUUUGGGUAGAUUUGAAUACCCUGCACAAGAGCCAAGUUCGAAUCCACGGCAUACUGUCCAAUACACAUCGACAGGCAGCGAGGGUGGCGCUUUCUUUUGAUUUCCCUUUUUAUGGACACUACUUGAGACAAAUUAUCGUAGCAACUGGCGGGUUCAUCUUCAUGGGGGAGAUUACUCAUCGAAUGCUGACUGCCACACAGUACGUUGCCCCCCUCAUGGCCAACUUUGACCCCAGCUUCUCCAAAAACUCAACAGUGAGGUACUCGGACAACGGUAAUCUAUUUGUGGUGCAGUGGGACAAGGUGCGGCUAAAAGACAGAGAGGCUGAAGGAGCAUUCACUUUCCAGGCAGCCCUCCACAGAAAUGGAACAAUCAUUUUCUACUACAGAGAUAUCCCUGUACCAGUAGAGAAAAUUAAUUCCACUGAACAUCCAGUAAAAGUGGGACUGUCUGAUGCUUUCAUGGCGUCCCUCUCCUCUUCACAGCUCUCAGAUGCAAAGCGGCGUACUACUAUCUAUGAGUAUCAUCGUGUGGAGAUUGACACGACAAAGAUUGUUAGCGGAUCUGCUUUUGAGUUCACUCCUCUACCCACUUGUCUUCAGCACACAUCCUGUGAUCUCUGCCUUACAUCCACCUUGACAACCGGCUGUGGCUGGUGCAACACACUUCAACGAUGUUCUGACGGUAUCGACCGGCACAGACAAGAGUGGUUAGAUUAUAACUGCCCUGAAGAGGCUAAAGGCACAUGUGAGGACUACAACCCGGUAUUACCUGAGGGAUCUAUGAGCUCCUUCAACCACUCGUCCCCUGGUCCGACACCUUCUUCAGCAGUGCUCGAAGAACAGCCCGUCACUAGAGAUUUACAGACGGGUCCUCCAAAGCAUAAGGGGAUAACAGAGAACACGGCCAUCAUAGCAGGUGUAGUGGCUGCCCUGGUUCUGCUUGUAGCUCUGACCUUACUGGCCGUCUACUACAUCAACACACACCCUACAGUUGCUCCACCGUUCUACCUCAUGCAGCGACGCACCAAUAACUACUGGCCCUCUAUGAAGUUCCGCAACCAGGGCUGCCACUCCAGUUACGCUGAGGUCGAGCUUGGGGGCCACGAAAAGGAAGGAUUCAUUGAAGCUGAGCAGUGCUGCUAAGGGUCCUGGACUUGCAGGACUCAGUCAGAAGAGGGAAGGCCACCAUCUUGAGGACUGUAAUGGUACUACAACAGGAUGAAUAUGGACGAUCGAGCAGACUGUUGACACAGGAUGCCCCUACUCCAACCUUGGCGGCUGGACAGUGUUUACUGUAACUGCUCUCAUAGCUCUUGCCAGCUUUCUCUGUGUAUCUUGCUCUUUGCCAUCACACACAGGAGAUUAGCCAUAUUAUCCAACGGUUGGAGUGUCUGAGAGGAAGCCGACUGUACAGGCAUAAUGAGAUGCAAAUGAGUAACUGUACAAAACCCAUCAAUCCAAGGGGAUGUCAGGGAAUGAAUUGAACUAGCCUUCAUACUGCAAACCAAUGUACAGCUCAACUUCACUAUGUGUUUUUGUUUUUAUCCAGUCUAUGGAGUUACUUUUGUUUUAUGAAACUUCUACGCGAGCAAUGAUUGGUUCAUAAAAUGUUAUAUCUCUGUGGACUACAACAGAUAUUUAGCUCUAUAACUGAUAGUGAUUAUAAUGAUCAUCUCAAACUUCUCUGGAGAAAUAUUGUUUGGAUGAAUUUUAGAGACAUCAAGUUAUGAGAGUUUUCUUUGAACAUUUCUGUUUAAAUGUCUUCUAAUAAAAGCUGGUGGUGAGUGUU